AACGUAAUCAACAUCUUCGUCUAUGUGAAAAUUGGACUGAAAGACUGCAUCAACAUCUGCUUCUUCGUCCUCUCGUUCACCGACUUGGCGAGUGUGUUGGUGUUGAUACUGAACAAUGUUAGUUAUAUGUUCACGGACGCUUUUGAAGAACUGUGGAACAUAAAUGGAAAAAAUCUGACUUUUCUGAUAACGUUUUAUUACGGUGCGAUUUACGACAUUUCGCAAGGGAUCACGACCUUUAUCGCAGUCCAAAAAUGCUGGUGUGUUGCGCUGCCGUUUCGCUUCAAGAACACGUUUUCUGCGUCCAGAACAUACGUCAUCUUGUCUGGAAUUUCAAUUAUGAUCUUAUCUAUGCAUUUGCCAAUCUUAGCAACGCAAGGUCUGCAGGAAACUAUAUUACCGGACACCAAUAGAACUCUGCUUGUAUUAUGGACAGCUGAAAUCAGACAACAGAUUUUCCCUGUAAUAGCGCUCAUGUCUGUAAUAUUCACCACCACUUGUCAAUUCACUGUCAUUUUUUGCUUGAUUGUUUUAGCUUCCACUUUACGGGCAUCAUCAAAGUUCAGGAAUUCUUCAGCGAGUUCCAACAUGCGUCCACUAACUACUUAUCUCAAAAGUGGAACAGCUAAAGGCAGUGGCAACAUUUAUUGGAACAAAUACAAGUUUUGCUGUAAAAAAAUGAAUGAUGGCCAUUGGCAUGACGCCGAGAAUCAAGUUGGAGAGAUAAGCGCAUCUGAUUGUAAAAACAUUGAGCCAGUGCCUCUGCAAAAUAAAAUAACAUCAAGUAAAGAACUGCAGGCCAUCAAGUCGACUACGAUUGUGUCCGUCCUGUUCAUCUCUUUCAACACCUUCAAGUUACUGAACUCCUACGUCAUUCUGUGCGUCGCAGACUACAGUCUUUACGGUCGCUUUUCGAAUACCUACAAGAUGACCAAUUCAAUCAGGCUUUUCUUCGAGGAGCUUCACAUGUCCUGCAACAUGUUCGUGUACUUGAAGUUCAACUCUCGUUUCACGAAGACGUUGUCGGCCACUUGCGGUUGCGGC